AACGAUGUGUUAGAAUGUACCAAGUGACAGGGCCUAAUACCGGAUUUGGACUGUGCAACAAUUCUGCCUAGACCAGUAUAGGACUGUAGGUCUACAGCUGAAGGAGGUGAAUGUUCUGUAUGCUCACUUAUUUUUUUGACCUGCCUGUAAUCGAUCAUUUAAUCUGUUUGAAGUAUUUGCGUGAGGAUUCUAGCCUAAAUUAUUUUAAUGAGUAGCUCAGUAAUUUUGGAAAAUACAAUGCAACUUCGGUCAGAGAGAACAAUAGCGUAUUGCAUACCCAGUAUUUAAACUGCUGAUAAGAAAUACACGUCGAAUAACCGCAUCUAAUUUCGAACCGGUCUUAUCUAGACGGGCAUAGGACAAUGGCGACGUUAACAAGCCAGGAUUCAACCGCUCAAGCGCGAGUUUAUUUCCAAACGCCUCCCGGUACCGAGGAUUCAGAAGUCGUCCAGAAGCAAGGCCGGGUAACCGUGAAAUACGAUAGAAAAGAGCUGAGGAAGCGACUCAAUUUAGAGGAGUGGAUAAUUGAGCAGUUAACGGAUUUAUACGACUGUGAGGAGGAGGAGAUUCCAGAGUUGGAGAUUGAUGUGGAUGAGCUGUUGGAUAUGCCCACUGAUGGAGACCGGGCAUCCAGGGUCAAGGGUUUGCUGGUUGACUGUUACAAACCUACAGAUGACUUUGUCACGGCUCUCCUAGAGAAGGUUAAAGGUCUGCAGAAACUCAGCACUCCGCCCAAAAAGAAUGAAAAAUCUUCUCCUUAGCCUCAGAACAACCCCAACUGAUUACAACUCAGUUCUACACAGGGACACCCAGCUAGAAACCCUCAGCACCUAGAAUCCUUCAAUCAACAGGAUUGGUAGAGGGAAGAAGAUCGACCAAUCAAAUCUCUGCAGCAGGGAUUACUAUGUCUCUGUCUUUGUUAAAACUAUGUGGAUUUAUAAUCAUGUUAUACAUAUACAGUAGUAAGUGAUGAGUGUUGAAAUAUCAGAAUAUAGUACAGCAUUGAUAAACUGAUGACAUGGAGGAAGAACAUGACAUUUAACUUGAGCUAUAAGUCACCAACAAAGCAUGACAAGUACAUAAACCUCAUGACAGCUCAUAGUGAGUCAUGACAGAUGCAACUUUAUGCAGUCUAACAAAUGUAACUCUUUGGUUAGUUGAUUAGUCAACAUCACUGUAUGUAUAGUAACAGCUAGAAAUAGUGAACUAUCCUUGGUUGGUAAUAGUUGGAGCCAUGUAAUUUUUACGAUGCCAUUUUAACUAGGAUUUAUAGAGAAGCAAAGUGUUACUUGAGAAUGAUUUAUUUGGGGAAACGGUAGUUAAGUCUGUGUAAGCCGAGCACUGUCAUCACCUGUCUAAUAUAUUUUUGGAAAGGGAAGCAUGAAGGGCUUUUCAACAUUUCACACUGGACUACUGGGAGUGAACAUUAUGCUUUCUGUUAGACCUUUGACAUGAGCAAGUGUGGACAGUUAUCAAAGACAAACACCAGCAUGCCACACAAGGCACUGUAAUAACAUCAGUAGCCUACGCAUUUUUCAUUGCGUACAUUUUUUGUUAAAUACACAUUUUGGGAAUAAUGCAUGACUGACUCUAUAAAACACAGGAAAACAUUUGCAAAUUAGGGUUAGAGCCCAUUUAAAUCCAUGACAUGAACUUUCACUACAGUGAAUGCUUUUGAGUCCUACUAUAACAUAUGGUUCAACUGGUUUCUCCUCCAUAUCCUCCACCCUGGUGCCUGAGAGUGACGGGGUGGGUCUGUUUCUCAGACCUGACCCAAGUAGAUAAAAAGCUUUAUAAAGCGAAGGCCUUUCUACUUGUUUCUCAAACCCAAAACACUUAGUCAUUAACCAUACAGUAAGCACUGCGAAAAGGACUUCGGCCUUAGAAGACUACAGCAAUGAUUGUAUCGACUAUUGUGGAUUAAGCAAUGUCUUUGAAAAGAAUGACAAUUGGUCCUGCAUUUCGCUGCGCCCGCAUGUGUACACCUCAUUACUAUAAUUCCUUAAUCUUUUGGACCCCAUUGAGAUGUUAUUUUGGGCAGGCUUUUAACUACCAGAUUCGCAGUGCAUCUCCUAGAACCUGCAUCACAUUGAAGACCGAAUCAAAUCAUGAACUGGGUUACUGCGUUAAUUUAGAGUGCUGGAGGUACAGUAGGCGACUGCAUUAUCUGUGGUGUGUGUGUUUAAGAUGUGAUUGCAAAACUGUAGUGAUGUAAUGUAGCAAUACUUAAUGGUGCUGUUUAACAAUUUGUUACAUUUUUAUUAAAAUUCAAUACGUGUUUUACCUA